AUGCAUGCCUUGCAGAACCACCUUUUGGAUAAUCCUGUCUACGAUGGCAAUGCCUAUGCUUUUACGGCAACCUUCCUCAGCGGAUACCUCAAUCUAUAUUCCCACCAUGUUAAAGCCCCUGCUGAGCCUGGGCAGAGGCCUGGCUAUCACAUCACUCAGGAAACUCAGGAUAGCCAGCAAACCAACGUGGAACUGGCCAUUCUUCAUCAUGCAUACGGCGAAGAUGAUGCGGACGACACCGAGGUAACAACAGGCUUUGCAACGAGCUUCGCCUCAAGCUUCACAUCGGUCAGCCGCGAAGAGCAGCUACGUUCCCAGCGUCAGCCUAAGAUGCCACGCAGUCCUCCCUCGCCAUCAUAUACCCGGCAAUUCAAGAGAGCAAGCUGA